AAUAUCAACAACUUAAACUUUUAAAAAUGAGAUUCCACUUGGCUACUCUCUUCUUCUUCCUUAUGGCUAUGGUCUUUACCACCUCUCAUGCCUCUCCUAUCAUGGAAAGAGACACUGAGCUCUCUUCUCUUGCCAACUUGGUUGAGCGUAAUCUUAGCUUCCCUGUUACUCCUGAUGACACUUUAGUUGCCAAGAUCAUGGCUGCUGUCAAGGCUGAUCUCAAUGUUAAGGUCUUUGCUGAUAUCACUGCAAACAUUUGUGAAAAGAUCAAGGCCGGUUUACAAGUUGACGCUAGCGUUCUCGGUGGUAUCAUCAGCAUCGAUGGUCUCCAAAUCAAGGCUAUUCAAUCUGCUGUUAUCAAGAACUUGAAGGUUAACUUGGAUGCUACUGUCAAGGCUGAUGUUGAUGCUAAUGUCUAUGUUCCUCUCGAAGCUGACCUCCGCAAGUUGCUCGGCUCUACUCCUCUCACUAAGGAACAACUCCUCAAGAUCCUGGUUGACCUUGAAGUCCAAGCUAAGGCUCUUGUCAAGGUUGAACUUCCCAAGCUCGAUGUUGCCUUGAAAGCCAAGAUUGAGGAAGAGAUUCAAAUAGCUAUCAAGAAGGCCUCUGUUAACAUUCCUAUCAUUGCCAAGGUUGAUAUCAAAGUUACUGUUGAUGAAAAGGCUACUGUUGACGUCUGUAUCGAUAUUGCUGUCAAGGCCUGUCUUGCUCUUGAUGUUAAUGCUUCUGCUCAAGUCAUCCUUAACGGAUUGUAAGGACUAUAGUAGUGAAUCAGUCCUAUCCUUUCUCUCUUUACAUGUAUCAUUAUUUGUAGCUUUAACAAAGUCAAAUAAAUUAUUCCUUUUAAUAGCACA